UAGCAAUUGCCACUUCCAGUUCCGUCGCGUCGGCCAUUUUCACUAUCGAGUUGUUCGUUCGCCGGGUCUGGGAGGUCGUACCUAUCUGGUUAAUGAAAAUUAAAUAAUUUAUUUCAAAUUCUCUCUAUAGAGAGAUACCCACUCAAGCGUUUACGACCACGUAGGUACUACCUACAAAGAAACAAGAAUUAUGCAGUUUAACAGCUUUCAUAAUCAACAUCCUAUCUUCAGACCCCGGCUUGAUCGAAAUGAACAAUUCGGUAAGAUUCCAUUUUUUAAUGGGAUGCAUGACUUUGGUGGGCCCAAGAACUUUCCACCUAGAAACAAUAUGGGUAACAAAAACUUCAGACCAAGAAAUGACUUUAAUGGAAUAAGAAAUGAUUUCAAUAACACCAAAAAUGAUACCCAGGAUUUUGGGGGGCCAAAGGAAUUUAGGCCUAGGAAUAAUUUUAAUAACCAACUUCAGAAGACCAAUGAAUAUGAGGGUGAUAAGGCAUCUGGUGGAAAUAUGCAAUUUUAUAAUGGAAAGAAUGAUUUUGGAGGGCCUAAGCAACAAAGUUAUCAAAAAAAUUUUGGUCCCAAAAGUUAUAACAACCAAAAUGGUGGGCACAUGAAUGGCCAGCAAAGUUAUGUUCCUAAAAAAAUAUAUAACAAUAGUUCCGUGCAGCCGCCGUCAGAUUAUAAUAACCGUAAUUUACAAAGUCGAAAAGCCAAACACCCAGGAGAUAGUCUAAUUAAGCCACAGUGGGAUAUGGCAAAUCUCGGCACCAUUCAGAAGAACUUUUACAAGCCGCACGCCAAUGUCGAAGGGCGUUCAGAGGAUGACGUGCAAACAUUCCUAGCCGCCAAGGAGAUUACGGUAAGCGGUAACGACGUUCCCCGUCCGAAUCAAGUGUUCGACGAAGGUAACUUCCCCGAUCACAUCCUGAACACUAUCAAAGAACAAGGAUGGGACGAGCCAACCGGCAUUCAAGCUCAAGGUUGGCCAAUCGCGCUCUCCGGCCGGGACAUGGUGGGUAUAGCGUCGACGGGAUCGGGCAAAACGUUGGCGUACAUGCUUCCUGCAGCGGUGCAUAUUGUUCAUCAGCCGAGACUGCAGCGCGGAGACGGUCCUAUUGCGCUGAUCCUCGCCCCGACGAGAGAGCUCGCGCAACAGAUUCAAUCAGUCGCGCAAGCCUACAGUGCGCAUGGUUGCAUUAGAAACACAUGCUUGUUUGGAGGUUCACCGAAAGGCCCGCAGGCUAGAGACUUGGAAAGAGGCGUCGAGAUCGUAAUUGCGACACCGGGACGUUUGAUUGAUUUUCUAGAAAGGGGUACUACUAAUCUACGCCGAUGCACCUACCUAGUUCUGGAUGAAGCUGACAGGAUGUUGGACAUGGGUUUCGAGCCUCAGAUCCGUAAAAUAAUUGAGCAAAUUCGCCCUGACCGUCAAGUACUGAUGUGGUCAGCCACUUGGCCCAAGGAAAUUCAGGCUCUGGCUGAAGAUUUCUUAAAUGAUUACAUCAAAGUGAAUAUUGGCUCAUUGAAUCUUUCCGCCAAUAACAAUAUUAAACAGAUAAUAGAAGUUUGUGAGGAGCAUGAGAAAGAGCUUAAACUAACAAAUCUUUUAAAAGAGAUUGCUUCUGAAAAAGACAACAAAGUUAUCGUUUUCGUCGAGACAAAGAAAAAGGUGGACGACAUCGCUCGCGCCGUGCGACGCAACGGACACAAAGCGCUCGCCAUCCACGGCGACAAGUCGCAGCCGGAGCGUGACGCCGUCCUCACAGAGUUCCGCAAUGGAGCCACUACUAUUUUAAUCGCUACAGAUGUCGCAGCCCGCGGUUUAGAUGUCGAAGACGUUAAAUUUGUCGUCAACUACGAUUAUCCUAAUUCGUCCGAAGAUUAUAUCCAUAGAAUUGGCCGUACUGGUCGCUGCCAACAAUCUGGUACAGCUUAUACUUAUUUCACGAGCGGCGAUGCUCGUCAAGCUCGCGCCCUAGUGGCGGUCCUGCGGGAAACGGGACAGAAUCCUCCAGCCAAGCUGAGUGACAUGGCCAGAAACAACAACAAUAACUCAAGCCGCAAUCGCUGGCAGCAACGCAAGGAGAACAACAGCGGCGCGAGCUCACCGCGCCAAAAGAGUAACCAGUGGAACAACAAGAUGGCUACCAUGUCCAUUGAAGAUAAUCAAAACAAUACUUAUCAAAACCGUAACCCAAAUCAACAAGCUCCUCGGUUCUCCAACCAGAAUCAAAACAAUAACCAAGGUUACAGGCAAAAUAAUUAUCAACAGAAGACAAUGCCCUUCCCCAGUCCAACUGUUUUUGAAUCAAUGGGAAACUACCAAGGAGGAUACAAUAAUGGAUAUCAAAAUGCUUACAACAAUCAAAACGGCUAUGGACAACGCCAACAGUACAACACAGAUGCUCGUAAUGGGGGACAGCAGUACCAUCGCAAUACCAACUCUGUUGGAAACAAAUCAGCUGGGUCAGGAUCUUCAUAUGGAUCCCCGCCACCUCACUUCGCAACACCUCCGCAUUAUCCACAAAUGCAUCCGCACCACCAGGAAAUGCUUGGAGGCAAGUUCUACGGCGGCGGCGUGGGCGGCGGCGGCCCGUGCGGCUACCAGGCGGCGGUGGGCGCGGGCGUGCCCUACGCGCACCUGCCGCCCGGCUCGCUGCUGUACGCGGCGGCGCCAGUGCAGCAGUAAACUGCACACAUCUCACUUUCACGAACGCGCGGUUACUUCCGCUUUAACUAUUUUUUUAUUUUCGUUUCGAUGCCCCCGUAAUCCAAUGUGAGCUCAUAAUAGUUUUGUGAAAAAAAUCAUACUCUAAUAUACAGCCGGAUUUUGUAUGCGUUGUUUUUGCAACAGUCGCAAAAUAAUGCAAAAGUAGUUAUUAAAAACCCAAAUCAGCCUUAUUUAUUAAUUGGAACAUUAAAUUACAUUGUUUUUUUUAGACCUUUAGAGUAUUACUUGGAUAAGUAAUAACUUAAUAUGCUUCCUUUAAUUAUUAUUAUAUUCGUAUUUAAAUUCGUAUUCAGGGAUGUUAUAAUAAUCAAAACAAAUUGUUACAUCACUACUUUUUAUAUAGAAACUAUUGUUGUACUUAGAGCUUCAAUAUUUGAAUUUAGUUCUGCUCUCGGCCGAUGAGGGGCGUUGUUUUUAUGUUAGCUUUUCAAUAAUUAAUAUAAUUAAUAUGAGAAUAUUUUUUUAGAUCUGAAUGACAGCUUGCAAACAUAUUUGAUAAGUGAAUGGACAGUAUUUAUCUCUCUUUAUUUUGACAAGAAAGAGAACUGCUACUUUGUGAGCGUAAACUGUGCAACUUUCCCAUAACUCUAAAUGCUUUGUGAAUUCUCUUUCAGAUCAAUUUUAUAAAAGUGUAUGAUUAAAAUAAGUGUGUUAGAUUUAAAUCUGGUUUAUGACCUGUUGACCACUAAUAUUUACGAUCAUUUAUUGACAUGAAAACCUUAUCCAAAAGAUUCGAUAUUGCUAGCAUUUAAAUGAAGCAUUUACUUUUUGUGGUUCUUAAUAUUUUGUAAAACUUAAAUUAAUGUUUCAAAAUUUAAGUGCACUUGAAAUUGUACUAUUUGAAGAGAAAAUGUUGUCUCCAGUUUUAUACUAAUAGUUAUUAAUAUAUCGAGUUAUUUACACGAAAAUAAUUCACAUUAUAAAAACAUUGCAAAAGAAUAUAUAUUUUUGUGUGUCAAUGAUAAAUAAUAUAUUUAGACAAGAUGUAAAUAUGGUCAACAGCGAAUGAUCCACUCGGUGGAAUAUCUGGAUUCCAUCUAUUAGAUGUUAAUCACUAUUAUUGUUAGAGUAGUCGGUGUGGUACCCUUUCGUAUAAUCCCGGGUGCCUUUCGUUUAAAAUGUCUGUAUGAUGUACGAAAUGCACGAAACAUAUAGAAGAUGAGUAAAAUUUAAGGGGGUGGAAUUCAAGGGGCGGAUAUAAUAACUGAUAUUUUACAUAGAUUAUUUUUAUUGUUAAUGAUGAUCUUAUCCAGUGAACGUGUGCGGGACAACUUAGUAUAAGACAAUUGAAGAUGCUUUUGAUAUACUUUAAAACAAUCUGUAUUGCCAGAUAAAAUUGUGAAUAUUUUUCUUUUGUGAUGAUGACGUUUCGGGUCAUGAUUUCGAGUUUAUAUAUUUUUAUUCAUCUUGAGUAUUACGCCUAGGGAUAUUAUGAUAAUAAAUAGCUGGAUUUUGAAUGCAGUUACAUUGAUAGUAUCAUUCUCAAAGAAAUUUAUGACAGUAUGUAAAUACGCGCAUUUAACGUAGGAGGUUCCAAAAUAUUCAAACUAUGGUUAUUUUCUUUCUUAGCGAGAUAAGUGACUUAAUUGAUUUGGAUUAUUUUUAUAUAAUGUAAAUUCACAUAAUUCUAGUUAAUUACUGGAGUUUCUUUGUACGUAAAGGGGUUCUAAGGGCUAAAGGGUAGGAGAGUCAAUUGGUACAAAAUAAUAAGUUUUAAAGCAGGUAUUUUGUUUUAGAAGCCCAUUACUGUCCAAAGAGAAAAAAUCUGUGAUAUUUCAUUACUGUAACCUGUCGUUGCGUUGGUCAAUUGUUAAUACAUAAGAGCACUUCCCUCAGUGGAUAGUGUAACUAGACAAAAAUAUAUUUUUUGACUAUUUGAGCGAAUUACAUGUAUGUUUGUGACAACAAAGCUUGCAAGUGGUUCACAAAUAUAAUAUUAUGAUAGGUGUAAGAAUAUUUUAUUGUUAUUCAAUUUAGUUUUCAGUUUACCGCUUGGUGACUAAAUGUACCAGUUCAAAGGGGACGUAAUAGUUAUUAUCUAGGAAUCCCGAUAUAAAACUGCAUAUUAAAGAUAUGAGGUAAUAAUUACACACAGGUCUUAAUAUGGAUUCAAGGGGUGAACAACUUAAUUGUGGGUCUCGCGUUUCAAACGCAUUUACAAUGCGAGAUUUGCAUGCUGUUUGUGUACAUUUAUAAGAGAAAGACUGCAAUGAAGAAUGUGUAUAUGUGCAUAUUUUCAUCUAAAAGAUGUUUUUCCUAUGUGCUAGUCCAUCCACGAUGUGGUCGGGCGCUCGGGGUAUACAAGUGCGAGUUCAGCACGAGCAAGCGCCGGCGGCAUCGGGCGGGCUGGAUGCCCAUGGGUCGGCAAUGUGUCGAGUAUGGUCGCGGAUUGCAGGUAGCUCCUGUUUUAUGUACAAAGUACUGCACCCACCUCUACUAAACAACUGUGAUAAUAACACUAAGUAGCGUAGCAGGCGAUUUAUAUACUAGUUACGUCCAAGAGAAGGAAUGACAUCAUAUCUGACAUAUUGUAUUGUGAUAAUAAAUAAUAUAUCGAGACGUGUGUACAAUUUCUGCACGUUUUGAUGAAACUUUUUCUCUAAACAAGACUGAUUAUAAUUAUUUCUAAUUGAAUAUUUUAUACAUGUUUCACUUUGACUGAAUGAUGUCUGUAUUUAUAUUGGUAGUAUUCUUGAGCUGUGUGUUUUCUCCAGAUUUAUUAUUCACUAUGUUGGAUAUGUGUCAAAGCGCCUUUCUACGCGGUCACCUAAUUGAAAAUGAUAUUCGACUCCUAAAGUAGUUGAUUUCUAUUCUCUUAAUUAUUAUGAUGGUAAAUGUUGUCUACAAAUUGUGGCAGCGACAGUAUAAGAACUAAUGUUAUAAAAAGUAUGUUAUUAUUUGUUGUUUUUUUUUUUUGCAAAAUUUUAUUUAGUCAACCAGAAUAUCUCAUAGACAAUCGUAGAUUCAUGCUUUACUGUGUACUAUUUAAGGUUUUAUUUUCUAAAAUUGUAGGUUUGUGAAAAAUAUACAUAGAUUUUUAAGUAUGUGGCAAUGCAGAUCUUCAUAAUAUUGAUUCUUUAACAAACUACAUAGCUCAUAUUUAUUCAACUUAUAAUGUAAAAUAAUAAUAUUAAUUGGAGAAAGACUCCAUUUUAAACUGUCCCAAAGGGAAGUCUUCUGAAUGUUUCUGAAAAGUGCAUUUCUUCAAUGUAAUACAGUAUUAAAUUCCGAUUAUUAAAUUGAUGUAUGAAA